UACACCUGUCAUGCGUGGAAACAGCGUUCGCGAUCGCGAUUCUAAGUCCGCCCAGUCAUCGUCGUGCCUUGCGGACGGGAAUAAAAUCGGACACUUGGUUCACUAUGAGUCCUGAUAAACUUAACAAUCUCUCGCUGUCAUCUCAAGGAUCCUCCCAAGAAUCUAUUGACAAUAAUUUUGACAGUUGUGAUAUAGAUAUUGCAAUCAGAACCAGGGAACAAGACAGGAUUAUUAGAAGGCUAAACGAAAGAAUUAUUUUUCUAGAGCGAAAGCUGGAGGAUUCUGAAAGAAGUUGCAUAAACCAAAGGGAAAGGAAUGAUCUGUUUGCAGGCAAAAUAAAGGAUAAGGAAGACAUAAUAAAGUCCUUAAAUGCUUCCAUCGAGUUGACAAAAAAAUAUAAUGACUACAAGAUGAAGCAGAUGCAUGACGAAUUGAAAAAGGCACUCGAACUAAGCAAUAAUCAGAACAUAACCAAGUCCUCUGAGGUUAAAUAUGAAAAACAAAUUAGUGAAAUCCCUGAAAUUCCUGGUCUCGAAGACUUUGAAGCUGUUUUUCAGGAUAUCCCUUCUGCCGGCUCGGGUUGGAUGGUAAUCCAGCGACGAAUCGAUGGAAGUGUCUCCUUUAGCGAGAUGGAACUAGAUCAUGAUUACAAUUAUAAAGCUGGUUUUGGAAAUAUUAAGGGAGAAUUCUGGAUUGGUUGCGAGAAACUGCAUUUGCUUACUACAAGUCAAAGACAUGAGUUUAACCUAAAUGGAUAUUAUCAUGAAUCCGAAACCAUUCUGACGGACAAUAAUGGAAUUUGGUGGGGCAAUUGGAAUAAGCGCGGCAGAAGUUCUUUGAAAGCAUGUAAAAUGUUUAUCAGGCCAAUGCAGAACUGA